UGCCUCGUCAGCAAGCAUUGCAAGUUGAACCGUUAUUGCGACUGCAUCUCACAAAGUAACUUCGCUGAUGUACAUCAUCUCACUAUAGAAUGUUGAUCCUGAUUCCAGCAUCUGUACAUUUCGAUUCGUCACCGAGAUGAUAACAUCGUAUUCUUUGCUGAUCUGAAGAACUUUCUGGCUGGAUUCCUUGACUAGUUUUGGCUUUAUGAGCCCUACCAAAUUCGAUGCUUUUGCCUAUCUGUUUUUCUUCAUAAACAAUCAUUCUAUGGAAGCGAUGAUAGGUCGAUUUGUCCAUCUCAACAUCAACAAUAUACCCUUGUGGGAGCUGGGUGGCGUCGGUAGUAUAGACCUUUGGAAAUAGGAACAUGUUCUUUCCUUAUUUCGAAAGAUUGUAUUUUUAUGGAAGCGGCGAAAUGUAAUAUUUAUCAUCUCACCAACGAUUGAAUGUUGUGAUAGCACAUACUUUCUCCAAAAUGUCUACCGACGUGGAUUCUUUAUACACUAUGGUGUCGGAGAGCAGUUAUACUAAUUCUAUGAACUCGACUGAUGACGGAAACUGGUUAUUUCUUUUUACAGGGUCACUUUACUAUAUAGUUGCAAUCGUUGGACUUAUCGGCAAUGGUACAGUCAUUUAUGUUAUCCUGAGAUUUGCUAAGAUGAAAACUGUGACCAAUGUCUACAUCCUUAACUUAGCGCUGGCUGAUAACCUGUUUUUAAUCGCACUUAUAUUCUUAGCAACGGCAACGGUUCAUCCCAUCUGGAUAUUUGGCAAAGUUCUUUGCCAUCUCGUGUAUAGCAUCGAUGCAUUAAAUCUUUUUACAAGCAUAUUUUGUUUGACGCUUAUGGCGAUAGAUCGCUAUGUGGCUGUUUGUUACGCGGUCAAAGCUUCCUGUUACCGGAACAUGCGCGUCGCUACGAUAAUCAACGUCGGGGUUUGGCUACUUGCUCUUGCCGCAGCAUCACCGAUCAUCGUAUUCACUCGUUACGAUCCAGAACAGCUCUCGUGUAACCUACAAUUCGAUAAAGUCGUAGGUGCACACGCGGCCCUGGCAGUUGCCAAAGGUUUCUGCUUCUAUACAUUUAUUACGGGGUUUUUAAUCCCUUUGGUGGUGAUAGCAGCAUGUUAUUCUAUGAUCAUCGUCAGGCUACACAAAAUGGGCACAAAGACUGGGAAAUGGGAAAAGUCGAGAAAAGUUAACCGUUUAGUACUUUGUGUUAUUAUUGUCUUUGUUGUGUUUUGGUCCCCUUUCUUUUUAUUCCGGUUUAUUGUAGCAUUUGACUUUGAGGUCAUGAGAACUAAUUAUUUAGUAAAUGAAAUCACAAUAUUGCUGAGCUAUAUGAAUAGUUGUGCAAACCCAUUCUUGUACGGCUUUCUGAGCGACAGUUUCAAGAAAAGCUUCAAGAAGGUGUGGCGCUGUGGCGACAGGAGAGGGUAUGAAUUAACAUCAACGGAUGCACGCCCAUGGAGAUUACGUAAUCCUUGCCUGGGAGAGAAAACGGAGAGGAGCUCGGCAAGGAGACUGGGUAAACGAAACGAUGACGACACAAUGUCAGGAGCGAGGUUAAAUGUAUAUCCCCUAACAGCAGUCACUUCGGCCGCGUCUGAAAUCACGAUGCACCAAAAGAAUGGAGCCAUGGGAGCCCCUUCAUAUGCCUGAAUCACAACCAGUCGUGCCAGUAUAUUCUCUGGAAAUGUAUUCGACAAUGAAUCCCCACCCCUUAAGUGUGCAUGCGUUAUUAGCCGACCAAAACCUGACUGGAGUAGGUGUGUUCAGGGCUUGCAUCUCGCGUUACAAGGACGCCUUUCGCCAGAUAAGUUGUGACUGGCCCAAAAUUUGAUUAGGUGACAGACGCCGAAGCAUGUACUCAGAUGGCGUUAAAUGACCAUACAUGAAUCAUGAGUAGAAGCCACUGAGUCGAUCCAUAUCUAAGAUUAUCUUACAAUUUCUGAAGAUCGAAGUAUGUGGAAAGCAAAGAUGUUUGAUAUCCGUUACUUCGGGGUUUGAUGAGCUGACAGUGGUGUAAUUUGUGAUUUUCAACUGGUGUAAUUUGUGAUUUUCAACAAGCACC